AUGUCAUCCAAGAAGAAGAGGGCCGCGAUAGAUCUCUCCCUAGAGGCGGAGAGGAGUGAUGAAGACCACAGUGGCGGCGGCAGAGGCAAAGGCGAUCGCCGCCGGGACAAGGAUGAUGGUGAAGUGGACAAGAAAGAAGAACGGUUCAAGGAGCAAGGAGAGGCGCCGAAAGAGGAAACCGGCGAGGAGAAGGUGGUAGUUGAAGUGGUUGUAGACCAAGGAGGAGACGGCACCAAGGAGAUCAAAUAUAGGACUCAAGAAGGAGAGGAGAUGGAGGACGACAAGCAAUUGGCAGCGGACGCCCACGGCGACGGUGAGAACGAUGGGGGCGAAACUCGUGCGCAGGACAAGAACGUGGUAGAGGCCGCCGGCAACGGCGACGGGGACGAUAGCUACAGCACCAUGGUGCAAGACGAGGUGAGCGCGAUGCAGGAGGAGAUGGAGAAGAUGAAGGAGGAGAACCGGAUGCUCCGGCGAGCCGUCGACCGGACCGUGCGUGACUACCACGAGCUGCAGAAGAAGGUAGAAGCCUGCUAUCAGCAGCAACAGGCAGAUGAGCCUAAGGAGCCCGAGGUGUUCCUUUCCCUCGGUGCCACCGCCGCCGGGAUUGGCGGCGGCUUCCCGGAGCCGAAGCGCAAGGAACGGCAAGCAGCGCGGCGGCCGUCUGUGGGGAGUGAUGACACCGACGACGACGCCAAGGAGGAUCUUGGGCUAUCCCUGAGCCUGAGAGCGUCGUCGUCGUACGAGGAUGAGAAGCUGGAGGCGAGGCAUGCACACGACUUGGAAGGCGCCUCCAUGGUCGGCGCCGACGGCAAGGCGAAGGGCUACGCGCUGCUGGAGAGUAGCAAGCUCGGGGCACCGGCGGCCGCCGGUGGCGACCUUGCCGCGGCCGGGAUCACGAGCCAGAGCGUCAACCCGGCCAACCGCAAAACUAGGGUUUCCGUGCGCGUCCGAUGCCAAGGCCCCACUAUGAACGACGGGUGCCAGUGGAGAAAGUACGGGCAGAAGGUCGCCAAGGGCAACCCGUGCCCGCGAGCUUACUACCGGUGCACCGUCGCGCCGGGAUGCCCGGUGCGCAAGCAGGUGCAGCGAUGCCUAGAAGACAUGUCGAUCCUGGUGACGACGUACGAGGGUACGCACAACCACCCGCUCCCCGUCGGCGCCACCGCCAUGGCCUCCACCACCUCCGCCGCGGCCACAUUCAUGCUGCUCUCCAGCACGAGCUCCUCCUCCUUCUCCGAGGCUGGCGGCGGCUCAGCGGCGCCUCCCUACCUCAGCCCCCCGUACCUGCUCAACCCCACCUCCCACCACUCCGCCGCUUCGCCGCUGCUCAGCGCACCACCGUCGUCAAUGCCCAGCGCCCCUGGCGCGGCCACUGGCGUGCAGCAUCUCAACAUGUUCGGGCAUUCGUCGUCCAUGCUAGCUCAGCAGGCGCCACAUUUCAGCAGCAAGUACCCGUGGUCAUCGGACCCUUCGCAGGGCAUCGGUGGUGGUGGUCUGCCAGCAGGGAGCAAGAGGCCGUUUUGGAGCACCGGCGGCGACGAGAAGAUGACGGCGACAUUGCCGGACAAUGUCGGCGCAGUCAUGGCAGACCCAAGUAAGUUCUCCGUGGCUAUCGCGGCCGCGAUCAACAGCUAUAUGGGGAAGGACGGGCAGGUGGUGGGCGGCAAGGACGGGGAGAGUAGCAGCAGCAAGACUAGUAACAAGUGGGGGGUGGUCGAAUCACUUCCACCUCCAUGA